UGCAGAGAGAGAGAGAGAGAAAAGGAGAGAGAGAGAGAGAGAGAGGGGAUCAGGACGUGUUUUGAAUGGAGCAGGACUGUAUUAUCUAGGAAUAAAUAAAACCGUGUCCCACCGAGGAAUAAUUCAUCUGUAGCUGGAAUUUAAAAGGGAUAGAACCUAAACUAUGCUGCUGAGCCUUUUCGCAGAGGAGGGGCGUAUGCGCUUUUGUAGCAUUGCAGAUCCAGGACUGAUGCAUAUUCUUUGUGUGUGUUAGUGCAUGACGGAUGAGCGCAUAUUAUAUAUACACAGCUAUAUAUCGAGAAGUAAAGAGGUCGCUUUUUUGUUGCAAGCACUGUCCUUAAAAAAAAAAAAAAGGGAUCCGAAGGAGUCUGUUCAUACGAAAGGAAAGAAGACACUUGGGUCUUUGGAGACGUCAAGGCAGAAGGCAGGCUGGCAUAUCCUCUCUAAUGUGUCCAGAUGAUGGGAAAAUGAUAUUAUGUGUCACAUCAAGGUGUAUGAGCGUGUGUCGGAUCAUGACCGAACUGUUUUAACCAGCCUGCAGCACUUCAGCUCUUAGAUGCUGAGGUUAGUCGGAGGUGCCACUCGUGUAGCGAGGUUGAGUUUGGACACUGGAUCUUGAAGCGAAAAGGCAUCAGAAGGCGCUGUGCGUCAUGUCGGGAGAAGUGCGUUUAAAGAAGCUGGAGGAGCUGAUGCUGGACGGACCGGCUCACUCAGGGGGACAGUGUCCCAGCGUGGAGACGCUGAUCGAUGUCCUCGUCUGUCUCUACGACGAGUGCAACAAUUCUCCCCUCAGACGAGAGAAAAACAUCUCGGAAUUCCUUAACUGGGCCAAACCCUUUACCACCAAAGUGAAGCAGAUGCGCCUGCACAAGGAGGACUUUGAGAUCCUGAAGGUGAUUGGUCGAGGAGCGUUUGGAGAGGUAGCUGUUGUGAAGGUGAAGAACACAGAGAAAGUGUUUGCCAUGAAGAUCCUAAACAAAUGGAAGAUGCUGAAGAGGGCUGAGACGGCGUGUUUUCGGGAGGAGCGGAACGUCCUGGUGAACGGGGAUAGCCAGUGGAUCACCACUUUACAUUACGCCUUCCAGGACGAGAACAACUUGUACUUGGUGAUGGACUAUUAUGUCGGUGGUGAUCUGCUGACUUUGCUCAGCAAGUUCGAGGACCGCUUGCCUGAGGACAUGGCUAAGUUUUACCUGGCAGAGAUGGUGCUGGCUAUUGACUCUGUGCACCAACUGCAUUACAUUCACAGGGACAUCAAGCCUGACAACAUCUUGCUGGACAUGAACGGCCACAUUCGCUUGGCAGACUUUGGCUCCUGUCUCAAACUCAUGGAGGACGGAACAGUGCAAUCCUCAAUCGCAGUAGGAACACCAGAUUACAUCUCUCCUGAGAUCCUGCAGGCCAUGGAAGAUGGGAAAGGAAAAUACGGGCCAGAGUGUGACUGGUGGUCUCUGGGAGUAUGUAUGUACGAGAUGCUCUACGGGGAGACACCCUUCUAUGCCGAGUCGCUAGUGGAGACGUAUGGCAAAAUCAUGAACCAUAAGGAGCGCUUCCAGUUCCCCACACAGAUGUCUGAUGUAUCUGAGGAAGCCAAAGACCUAAUGUGCAGGCUGAUCUGCUCUCGUGAGCAUCGGCUGGGACAGAACGGCAUUGAGGACUUCAAGAGCCACCCCUUCUUCUCCGGCAUCAACUGGGACGACAUCCGCACUUGUGAGGCUCCCUACAUCCCUGAAGUCAGCAGCCCCACUGACACCUCCAACUUUGACGUGGAGGAUGACUGCCUGAAGAAUUCAGAAACGAUGCCGCCACCCUCCCACGCGGCCUUCUCUGGACUCCAUCUCCCGUUUCUUGGCUUCACCUACACUAGUAAAUGCUCUCUGUCAGAUCGGGGUUGUUUGAAAAAUUCUGGAGGCUCUUCAGGGGUGGAUUCCUGUCUACAGAGAACUUUGGAGGAUAGUUUGGCCUCUGAGGCCUAUGAAAGAAGGAUUCGCCGACUGGAGCAGGAGAAAACUGAGCUUAGCCGCAAGCUCCAGGAGUCCACCCAGACAGUACAGGCUUUGCAGCACCCUAAUUCGAAUGUGCCACCUGGUGCCAACAAAGAGGUGGAGAUAAGGAGCCUGAAGAGUGAAAUAGACAUCUUGAAAAAGCAGAUAGCAGAUUCAGGUCAUCUGGAGCAGCAGCAGGUGGAGGAUGCCAGCAUGGCACAGAAGGAUCUAGAAGACUCCUCUAAGAUAAUAAAGACUCUGGAAAGGCAGCUCCAGGGUGUCACACUGGAGAAAGACAGCCUGCACAAGGAGCUGCUAGACACCAAAGAGAAGCUCAAGGUCCAGGGAAAGGAGGUGAAGGAGGCACACAGUCAAAGGAAGAUGGCCAUGCAAGAGUUCUCCGAGCUGAAUGAGCGCCUCACUGAGCUACGCUCACAGAAGCAGCGGCUUGUGCGCCAAUUUCGAGACAAGGAGGAAGAGGUGGAGGGUCUUUCACAGAAGGUGGAAACAUUGCGGCUGGAGAUACGUAAAGCUGAGAGAGCACGCAAAGAGUUGGAGGUACAGGCUGAGGAGCAGGCAGCUGAGGUGCAGAAAGAGAGGAAACUGCGAGAGAGAAACGAACAGUUCAGCAGACAGCUUGAGGAGGAACUGGAGGGGUUCAAGCAGGCUGGACCGCUGCAUCCGGGAGCGAGUGUGGAGCAGCAGCAGCAGGAAGUGGCAUGGCUGCGAGCUGAGCUGGAAAAGAAGAGUGUGCAGCACGAGGAGGAGUUGUGUCACAGGGAAACACAGCACAGUGCUGAACUCAAGAGCUACAGGAAGGAUUUGAAUGAUGCUGAGGCCCAGCAACUUACUCUACAAAAGGAGAUCCUUAUGCUCAAAGACAAGCUGGAGAAGACACGGCGAGAAAACCAAAGUGAGCGUGAGGAGUUUGAGGCGGAGAACAAACAGAAGUAUGAGCGGGAAAGGGGACUUCUGUUGGAAGAAAGCAAGAAGCUGACUGGUGAGCUGGAGCAGGUGAAGUCCAUGUAUGAAGCAUUGAGCAGUAGCCAUAAGCAGGUGGAGGAGGAAAUGAGAGAGCUGACUGAUAAGAAGGAGAGCGUUGCACAGUGGGAGGCUCAGAUCACGGAGAUCAUCCAGUGGGUAAGUGAUGAAAAGGAUGCUCGAGGCUACCUCCAAGCACUGGCCACGAAGAUGACUGAGGAGCUGGAGGGUCUGAGGAACACCAGCCUCGGAGCCAGAGGCACAGACAUGCCAUGGAAGAUGCGCCGUUUAGCCAAGCUGGACAUGUCUGCCCGUCUGGAGCUGCAGUCUGCACUGGACGCUGAGAUCCGGGCCAAGGAGGCCAUCCAAGACGAGCUCGGCAAAGUCAAGGCCUCGAACAUCUCAACAGAGUGUAAACUGCAGGAGUCUGAGAGCAAGAACCGAAUGCUGCAGGCUGAGAUCGAGAGGUUACAAAAGGAGACGGAGGACCUGCGGCGCAGAAGAGGAGUUAAGCAUCAGGAUUCUCAGAACUCCUUCCUGGCGUUCCUGAAUGCUCCCUCUUCUGUUCUCGACCACUUCGAGCGUUCACCAUCAUGGGGUCCAGGAAGCAAAGGCCGACGUAUUGACUCAGGUGACUUUACUCCCUAUAACACUCCAUCGCGGGACGAAGAUUCCAAAUCACGCCGCAUGUCCCGCUCACGCUCGCCAUCCACUGCUAGUGACAUGGAGCCAAUAGAGCUGUUGGAUCACUCGUCACGUCUUCACACCCCAACUAGCAGAUCCAGCUAUAGCAGCCAAGAGCACCAUUCGAAUAAACCCAAGCCUCAUCAGUUUGCAGUGAAAUCCUUUAGCGUCCCAACCAAAUGUAACUACUGCACCUCGCUGAUGGUCGGCCUCAUGCGGCAGGGCUGCACAUGCGAAGUGUGUAAUUUCUCCUGUCACGUCAUGUGUGCGGAUAAGGUUCCCUCUGUAUGCCCCAUCCCUCAUGACCAGACCAAAGGCCCACUGGGUAUCGAUCCACUGAGGGGCAUUGGCACCGCCUACGAGGGCUAUGUGCGGGUGCCGAAGCCCACAGGAGUGAAGAAGGGCUGGCAGAGGGCACUAGCUGUAGUGUGUGACUUUAAGCUGUUCCUGUAUGAGCUCGGUGAAGCUAAAACCACUCAGCCCAGUGUGGUAGUGAGCCAGGUCAUCGACAUGAGGGAUGAAGAGUUUUCAGUCAGCUCAGUCUUGGCCUCGGAUGUCAUCCAUGCCAACAGGAAGGAUGUCCCGUGCAUAUUCCGGGUAACGGCGUCUCAUCUGUCGUCCUUGUGCCAGAAGACGUCCAUUUUGAUGCUGGCUGAUAGCGAUCACGAGCGCACCAAGUGGGUCAGUCUGCUACUUGAGCUGCACCGUGUUCUCAAGAAGAACAAGUUGAAGGAUCGCUCUGUCUACGUGCCCAAAGAAGCCUACGACAGCACGCUGCCUCUCAUCAAAACUACACAAACUGCUGCUAUUAUAGACCACGAGCGUGUGGCUCUAGGUAACGAGGAAGGGCUUUACAUCGUCCAUGUCACCAAAGAUGAGAUCAUUCGUGUGGGCGACAACAAAAAAGUGCACCAUGUGGAGCUGAUGCCGUCCGAGCAGCUGCUGGCUGUGAUCUCAGGCAGGAACCGACACGUGCGUCUCGUGCCCAUGGUUGGCCUUGACGGCCGUGACACCGACUCCUUCAAACUGCUUGAGACUAAAGGGUGUCAGCUGCUGGCGUCAGGAAAACCUCGCCAUGGUGCCCACACGUGCCUGUGUGUGGCCAUGAAGCGUCAGGUGAUCUGCUACGAGCUCAACAAGAGCAAGGUGCGGCACCAGCGCCUCCGAGAGAUUCAGGUUCCGGGUGUGGUGCAGUGGAUGGCGUUUUUGAGCGAUUACCUCGUAGUUGGUUUUCAGGGCGGCUUCACGCGCUACAGUCUGCACUCAGAUUCUCUUCCUGUUAGCCUCCUGCACCCAGAUGAUCACACGUUGGCCUUCAUCACCCAGCAGGGCAUGGACGCGUUGUGCGCCGUGGAACUCUCCAGCAAGGAGCUGCUGCUAUGCUUCAGUUGCGUGGGUGUCUGUGUGGACCUCCACGGCCGACGCUCACGCCAGAUGGAGCUGAUGUGGCCUGCUAUCCCAACCUCCUGCUGCUACAGUGCCCCCUAUCUCUCAGUGUACAGCGAGAACGCAGUGGACGUGUUUGACGUCAACACCAUGGAAUGGAUUCAGACCGUUCCUCUAAAAAAGAUGCGGCCGCUGAACAUGGACGGCUCUCUGAAUCUCCUCGGCUCCGAAACAGUAAGGCUCGUCUACUUCAGAAACAAGACAGCAGAGGGAGAUGAGCUGGUGGUGCCAGAGGUGUCGGAUAACAGCCGCAAGCAGAUGGUGCGCAGUAUGAACAACAAGAGACGCUUCUCAUUCCGCAUACCUGAGGAGGAGAGACUACAACAAAGGAGAGAGAUGCUGAGGGACCCUGAGAAAAGAAGCAAGCUGAUCUCCAACCCUACCAACUUCAACCACGUGGCUCACAUGGGACCUGGAGAUGGCAUGCAGAUUCUUAAGGACCUACCGAUGAACGUGCGUGCUCAGGAGAACCGGUCCGGCUUCAGUGGCUCAGUCAGCAUCCCAUCCUUAGCGAAGAACAGGACUGAACCUGGUCGCUCCAUGAGCGCCAGCAGUGGCCUGGGUAUACGUUCCUCUUCUCAGAAUGGCAGUGCCCUGAGGAGGGAGCUCUCGAGCAGUAGCUACAGCUCCAAGCGCCAAACCAUGACGUCUCCAUCUGAGAGCUCUCUGUCGUCGGGUGGAGGCGUGGAUGUAGGAGACGCACCGCUUUCUCAGUUUGACCGCGAGUGGCAGGCUGUCUCACCCUCGGAGAAGACGCCCGAUCUGAAACGGGCGUUAAGGACCCUGCUUAGUAAAAUGAAGGACUCGGACUCGCCACGCCACUCCACUGCCUCCAACAGCUCGACCUUCAGCAGCCCGCCCAGUCCUGCAUCACCGCACAAGACCAAGUCUCUCUCCUUGGAGAGCACGGACCGUGUGGGCUGGGACACAUGAUGGAUGCAUCACAGGACUAAUGGUGGCGUGUCCUGGCCCUGCGUACCCGCCCAUAUAAAUAACAAGCAAGCACUAUUGGAUCAUCUCUCCUUAUUUAUCCAGCUUCUCAAGGGAGGAAAAUAUAUGAGGGGAGGAUGUGUGGCUGUCAGCAGGGCUGUGUGUGUCUGUGUGCGUGCGUGUGUGUGUGUGUGGGGGGGCAGGACAUCCAUUGGAAUUCCGCUCAAAGUGCGAGUCGGACCUGAGCCAUUUCACAGACGCACUAAAUUUGAACUUGUACUAGUGGUUGUAUAUAAACUGGGAUUUGGGGUGAACUAUUUAUUUCUCAGUCCAAUAUUAGCUCUUUAGGAACAGUUUGUUUGUUUUUUCACGCACUUCAACUGUGGACUAUACCAAUCACCGUAACUGUGGGGAGAAAAUUGUCUUAGUUUUUUUUUUUUUGGUUCUAGAAUGUGAUGAGUCUGGAGACCUGAUUACUACUUAAACUGCCAUUCCGAUUGGCUACAGCUUGCUCUUAGCCGACGUACACGUUUGCUACCCACCCCACACUCCCGAUGCUCUCAGACCACACCAUAUUAAUAAUACACGAUACAGGUCACACGCCACCUUUAAACUACACCAAUCCUGAUAUUGUUGGAGUCGCUAUCUACAUCCCUGCUGAGGGGUUUCACGAGUGCACUGGAUACUCACCACUGUGCUGCCAGACACGACUACAAAAUGUAGGAUUCCAAAAGUCAAGCACUAUAUACACUACAGAGAACAGGACAUGGUUUCAGACCAGAAGUGUUUCAUUUUGAUGAGUUUUGUUCAGUCGAAGCCUUCUACAGGACACCACUAACCAGUGAUUGUCAGAAUUCCAUCACAAUAAUGUACAUAGGCUGAAAGUAUAGUAUAAUAUAGAAUAAGGAAAUUCUGUAGACAGAAAAACAAAGAAACCAUCAGUUUAUAAUUUUAGCUGCAUUUUACCUGCAUUAUUUAAUUUCAACUUUUUUUUUUAAACCUGAUUCCUGAAAACUGCAAAGUUUUUAUUUUAUAUCUUGCAGAAAAAUUGAUCAGUGUGUUGCGAAAAAAAUAUAUUUUCAUUUUCCAUGAGUAGAAUUAAAGCAUCUGCCCCCCCCAAAAAAAAAGUCUAUUAUAAGAGAUGAUAAUAUGUAUCAACCAAAACAAGGUUUGAAUAUUCAUAUAAUUUAUUGGUUGGAACAUAUUUCCGCCCAUAUUUGUACAUUUCCAGCUUAAGAAAGAUAAGCAAAUGUUGAAGGUGUUUUUAAGCAAAAAGAAACAUGUGUGUGUUUUGAUUCUGAUAUUUAAUUGUAUAUUUACUGCAAAUAUUCUGAACAGGUUCCACUUGAUUAUGAAGGCAAGCUGCACAACUUUGCAGAGUAAGUCAACAUUAAUUAGACUUGCCUUGUGGCCAACGAUCUUUCGAGAUGGCAUCUUAAUUAUACACUCACCGGCCACUUUAAUAGGAACGUGUUCUUGAUUCGAAGAUUCCUGUUCUUGGCUGGCAGGGGUGGAACCCAGUGUGGUCUUUUCUGCUCACCACAGUUGUAAAGAGUGAUUAUAUGAGUUGCUAUAUCCUUCCUGGCAGCUCGAACCAAUCUGGCCAUUUUCCUCUGUGCUCUUAUCAACAAGGCGUUUCCACUCACAGAACUGUCGCUCACUCAAUGUUUUUUGCACCAGUCUGUUGUGUGAGAAAACCCAAGGAGAGCAGCAGUUUCUGAAAUACUCAAAACAGUCCAUCCGGCUUAAACUGACACCCAUCACAAUUUUUCCCAUUCUGAUGUUUGAAGUGAACAUUAACUGAAGCUCUUGAUUUGUAUCUGCAUGAUUUGAUGCAUUGUGCUGCUGUCAAGGGAUUGGCUGAUUAGAGAACUGCAUCAAACAGGAGGUGUAUGGCCUAAUAAAGUGGCCAGUGAGUGUAUAACAUGUUAAACUCACUGAAGUGGUCUAUAGAAUGUACAGGUAGUUAAACUCCCCACUAAAGGCCUUCACACAUGGACACAAGCUUUUGCUCUGGGACCUGAUGUGAUUAUGUGCAAAAUACUACAGUUAGUUACUACAAGCUUUCUUUCCUGGAAGCCAUUUCAAUUUCACUGACUCCUGUUUCAAUGCAAUUUUCACUUGAUCAGUAGAGUUCAGUUUUACUAUGUUGCUGAAUAAUUGGCGCCCCUUCUCCAGUGCAAAUUUACAUCCCAGCUCAUAACUCAGGAUUCGCAAAACUGUUUGAGCAGUAGCUCAUAUGAGCAUGUGAAGAAAGCCAUAAGUCAGCCGUUCCUUCCUUCACAGUUAGUGACAUUUCUGCAGUAAUCCACAUUCGCUUCCUUUGCAUAUAAUUAUAUGCAUCACAUUGUGUUUUGAAAUGAUUUGUACAGUUUUGCAUGCCGAGUGUGUUCAUUUCUUGGUUCUGUUACAGGGUUGUAUUAUAUUUUGUUACACUUUUGAAAGGUUUUCCUGACGAGAGCUCACUCCUGGCAAUUUUUUGCACAGAUAUCAAGCGCAAGAUCAGAAGAUCUAUGGAUUGAAUUUGAUGUAUUUCUAUAAAUGUCAAAUCUGUGGUGUGACACUGGGGAUUUUGUUCUGUUCGGUUAUUUGAUUUGGCUGAGAAAUAACACUGGUCCUGUACAAAAAGGUCAAAUGUCACAGUUUAUAAAAAAAUUGUACACAACUGAGAUCUACUUCAAGUUGGUGAGAGACUACAAAUGAGAAGAAUUACUGUUCAAGACCAAAUGUUACUCCUAUCCGAAAACUAUUAAAAAAAAAAAAAGUGAGACAAGUUUACUGAUCAGUUUAUUCUAAAUUAUUCUACAUCAAAUGAUUCUCCAUUUGCAGCAAGUCAUUGGGUUUCAGUCUGUCUGUUCUGUAAUACUGCUCUUUACAUGCCAAAUGUUUAUCACCAAUAAAACAUUC